GGCGGCGGGGGAGGCUGUUUAAAGUGGCGCCUGCGGGAUGGCGGAGCCGGCGGACUAUCCCCCGUUCCAGCUGGGGAAGCCCCGCUUCGAGCAGACUUCAUUUUAUGGCAGAUUCAGGCACUUCUUGGACAUCAUCGACCCCCGCACUCUCUUUGUGACUGAGAGUCGUCUGAAGGAAGCAGUGCAGCUCCUGGAGGAUUACAAACAUGGCACUCUGCCCCCAGGAGUCACCAACAAAGAGCUGUGGGGAGCUCAAAAAAUCAAACAGGCUAUCAUCCAUCCCGACACAAACGAGACCAUCUUCAUGCCUUUCCGAAUGUCAGGUUACAUUCCCUUUGGAACACCCAUCGUUGUUGGUCUCCUCUUGCCCAACCAGACGCUGGCAUCCACUGUGUUUUGGCAGGUGGGCCUUAAUGUUCUGAUUCAGAGAGCAAACAAGUUUACCCCGGCCACUCGUCUCCUGAUCCAGAGGUUUGUGCCGUUCCCUGCUGUCGCCAGUGCCAAUAUCUGCAACGUUGUCCUGAUGAGGCACACGGAGCUGGAAGAAGGAAUUGACGUGUUGGACAACAACGGGAACAUCGUCGGGUCUUCCAGAAUUGCUGCCAAACACGCACUGCUGGAAACAGCCCUGACCAGAGUGGUCCUGCCCAUGCCUAUACUGGUUCUACCUCCAAUUAUCAUGUCCGUACUGGAAAAAACUUCCCUGCUGAGGUCCCGUCCCCGGAUGAUUCUCCCAGUCCAAAGCCUUGUGUGCCUCGCUGCCUUUGGCCUGGCCCUCCCCUUGGCCAUCAGCCUCUUCCCGCAGAUGUCCGAGAUUGAGACGUCUCGGCUGGAGCCGGAGAUCGCAGUGGCCACCACCAGUAAGACUGUGAUCUACAAUAAAGGAUUGUAAGUGGAAGAGGAUCAUCUCAGCCCGGAAGGUUCGGGGAGAGGGGAAAAAGGGGGAAAAACUUGAGAAGCCGACUGGGAAAAAGAAAACAACAACAACAACAACAACGAGACAAAAUAAUCGAGCUCAGCGAUAGUAACGUUGUAGUUCUCCUGGAGAAGCGGGAGAGAAUUAACGCUUGCAGAGAGCUGACACCCUCACACCGGUCAAAAAAAGAUUAAUAUUAAAAAAGUUUUAACUUAGGCAAGAGGAGCGGCAGCAACCGCAACAAAAUCACGUUCGAACACUUUAGAAGUAGCUGAUGAAGAAUCUCAGAAUUAACAGCACCGCACGGAGUCGACGUGGUUGGACCCCACUACAUGAGCGUAGACUUCACCCAGCAAGUUUUGUUUUCAUUGUGAAUCAAGUCUCCACACUGAUGCCGCACAAAAAUAACUCCCUAGGGAAUUGGCGGGAAUGUGAAGCGCUCGAUAAGGUGUUUGGGAAUUGUCCUGCAUUGGUCUCCUGCUGAUCCCCCCCCAGUGAUCAUGAGUUAAAGAUUUCAUGCCGAGGUCACGGCCUCUGCUCCCUUCAUCCCUCCCUCCUCCUUCUGUGGACGGUCCUGGUGGCAUCCUGCCCUUCAUCCUGUCACUGAAUCCCACCGCUGGGCAUUCCACAAGGGCUUUUCCCUGGAUUUCAAGAUACUGGAAAGCCACCACACCCACACGCUGAGUGGGGUGGUGGGAAGGGGUCUCGUAGUAAAAAUCCUGAUGGAUCUGCUCUUUGCCUUUGCACAGCCAGGAAGAAUGGGGAUUGUCCCACCUAAACUUUAAAAUUAAGGUUGUUAGUCUAAGAUAAUUGGUUAAGCCACACUUUGUUAAGAUAGUUGUCCAAGGACAGAACAUGAUUUAAGCCCCAAGGUGGUCAGGCAGUUGGACUAGAUGAUCACUACAGGUCCCUCCCAACUGGAAUUCUCUUCUCUUCUCUUCUCUCUUCUCUUCUCUCCCAACCUCUCCAAACCUCUCCUUUCUCCUUUCUCCUUUCUCCUUUCUCCUUGUCCUUCUCCUUCUCCUUCACCCAUCUGUCUGUCCCUUCAAUGGCUCCACUUUGGGGUGAUUAAAAGGGUGUGGGGCAAGUCAUCCCAUCACUGCACCGAGUCCCGCCCUCACGUGGAUUUGGUGCCAUAAUUUGGCUUUCUGGUAUCUUGUACCCAAAAGUAAACCCUGAGUGACUCCCUGAGGACCAGAGGGGUUCAUUUUGACCAUGACCACCAGCAGAAGACCAUGCCAGUGGCACGAUUCGCCUCCGGAAUCGUGGUAGGGAUGGAGCCGUGGUGGUGAUGGGCAUGGAUGAACGGGCAGGUUGUCAUCCUUCAAAUGCCAAUUUGUUGGGGGUUUUGGGGAGGGUGGGGGGAGCAGGGGGAACCAAAUCACCACUGACACAGAAUGUACUCGAUGGACUUAUUGCAAUGCCUGGAAUCGGGAGGCCUGAGCCCUGCUGUGUGUCCUCCACCACGGGCUGCUCUCGCUCCCGGCCGGAGUCAGAUCUGUAGGAACUGGAGCCACACACAGUGGGGCCAGCUCAGGAAAACUGAUUCUGUCCCUGCACUGGUGUAAAUCAGGAAUAAUUGCACAAAACAAAUCGAUGUUGUGGAUUUGCACACCAGCGUGAGGGGAGGAGGGGCCAGCCUGGGCUCCCCGUAUCUGCUAUUCAUGGGACAGCUCCCGGGCCCUGACACUGAUGGAUCCAGAUCCACUCCUGGAGCUAUUCUGGAUUUACACCAGGGCAAGGCACAGCUGGAUUUGAGCCAGCAGAAUUCCUUUAAUGCACUAGAUGAGAUGAAUGUACGCUCUGGAGGACGUGAGGCCGCUCCAUCUCCUCCGGGUAGGAUUGAGAGGCUGCAGGGAGGUGGCAGCUCUCCCAUGGACAUUUUCAUGAGCAGCUGUCCUAUGGGCAGCACCGUGCAGGAUCAGGGCCUGGAUUUUGGCCUGGGACUGGAUAACUCCCUGCAGCACUGAAAGAGGAAGCCCUGGGAAGGGGAGCAGGGAUGCUGGCAUUCCCAAAGAGCAGCCUACUUAUGGGAAUGGCAGUGGUAAGGCUUUGGGGAGCCAGCUGGAAUGAGCUGUGCACCUGAAAUGGGCCCCUUCCAUUGCUGCAGAGGGUGGGAGGGGGUGAGAACCACUGUGGGAUGCCGGGGGUGCAGGUACCCCCUUGCACACACAUCCAUGUGUGCAGGAAAAAGCUACUCUGAAAAACUCCAGUUUACGGCUCUGUGGAGCCCUGGGAAAUGGGAAGCCAAACCUCAUCGUGCUGCACAGAGGCACAACUUGCUGCCUUCCUCCUCCUGAAUGGAAAUGCAAGGCUGAGACAGAAACAGCCUCUUGUGUUGACAGGGAGAAGCCUCCUGGCUCCCGAGUCUGUCUGGGUGGAUCGUUUCCCCUUUCCCGGUGGGUUUUGUCGCUGCCUGAACCAUUCUGCUGCCUGUUCAUCCCAGGCUUUUGUUUUGAGGAGGGGGAAGGAAGGAGACGUGGAGACUGUGCAUUGCCAUGAGGUUUCAGAGAGGUGGAGCAAGGAGGGAGGUGCUGAUUUGGUUUUGCAUCGUGAUCAACAAUCAAAGAUUUCGGUGGCUGUGAGCUCCAGCCACCUGCUGGGUCUGCAGCUGGAGCGAGGAAUUUCCAGUGGGGGAAAGGAAUCAGGGCUUUGCUGUGUGUGUUUCUUUAGGAGACACUCGAGGAAAAGCAUGGACCGAGCAAGUUCUGCCUCAGGAAAGAGCCAGUUCCCGAUUUUCCCCAUGAUGGGAAGCGAGUAUGGAUGUUUUCCCUGCACAUGCAUCACCUGUGGGUCGUUAAUUAGCAGGGGAUGCUCAUCAUGUUAAUCCAGUGAUUACCAAUAAGGGCUGAAUCAGUUUGGAGGAGAGACUCAGGAUUUAUUAAGCCAGGCAGCUCCAGUGAAUCAGGAGGGCCUGAUCCUGCCGGAGGGGGUGAGGACCAGCUUGAGGGAUGUCAGAGGAGCUGUGCUGUGAGAUUGUGGCUCGGCUCAAAGGCAGCUGCACCGUCAAACAAGUGCCAAUCAAACGGUCUAAAUGAGUCUGGAUCGAUCGUCUGCCCGUGCAAACCCCGUCAAACUUGUUUCUCUUCAUGUGUCAGGGAGAUGGGUCUCAGUCAACUCGGCAGAGUUUGUGCUGAGAAAUCAUCACAUCCCAGGGCCUGACUCAGACAUUCCCCAGGGGUUACCUCCGAGAGCCUCUGGCGGGUUGGUGACGGCGUUUGCUCCCGAAUUUUGUUCAAAUGACACUUGAAAUGUUGUAGCCCACCCCCAGCCCCCCAAGCACUGGGGAGAUGCUCCUGCUGGGAGGUCGGAGAACCACCACGUCCUGGGGCUCAGCUCGCUUUUCUAAUCUCUGAAAGCACAAAAUAGUGGAAUCAUGGAAUGGUUUGAGUUGGAAGGGACCUUAAAACUCAUUCAGGGCAGAGACACCUUCCCCUAGACCAGGUUGCUCUGAGCCCCAUCUGCACGUCUUGUGUGGCGUGGUAGCACUUUAAUCAACAGUACUGAUGAGGUUGGAGACCCCAGGCCUUGUCCUCGUGUUCCAUGUGCAUCCCCUUCCUCUGGACAAUCGGGAUGGUGCAGACCCCUCUGUGCUGCCCUUGCCCUCGCUGUCCCCAGCUUGGUGACAAGCAGGACGAGGUGCUUGUGUGAGGAGCAUGUUUUGGUGGCCCUGUGGUCCCAAACUCUUGGGCAACCAAGAGUCCUUUGUCAUCCCAGCACGGGGACACCAAGGCUGUGUUGUCCCCAGCUGGGACACUGAACUGACGUGGUUUAGAUAUCCAGGAUGUGUCGAGAUGUAAUUUUAUUCAAAAGCAGCAGAAAGGCUCAGCAGACCCAAAUCUGGCCCCUGUGGAUCUUGAAAGACCAUUUCGCUCGCAGGCAGCUCAAGUUUGGGCCCCCUCAUGCGGAAAUCCCAGCACUGGAUCAUCCGGGUUCCUGCCAUCACGGUGGGACUGCUGGUCCAAAAUACCACGCUCGACUCUUCAAACGGCACUAGGGAUGAAAACUAUGGAGCUGGGAAAGCAGUAGCACAUUAGUACUGUUUAUUAGGACAGCAAAUUGUGCCAGGAAAGACUACACACAACAGCUAAUGAUAACAUUAUGCACAUUCACUUAGUAGCUAAUUAAUCUCUUCGACUUUUCCUAAUGUACAAAACGGAGCCUUCGGUUUGCGAGAACAACCCCAACCGUUUCCAUCCCUGAUUUCCUGUAAUUGGGGGAGUGGAAGGAACAGGGAGCGCAGAACCCACUGCACACAUCAAGUUGUUCACCUCGGCAGAUAAUAAUAAUGAGGCGAUCAUCUCCUGUAGUAUUUAAUUAGAAAUGUCGCACUUAAUUGAUUUCUUGGAUAUGUUAAUUAAGAAAUAAUGAGGACCAGGUUGCAGCGAAAGGUGCCAGCGAGAAGUUUGGAGCCUCUCCUGGAAGACGUGUCUGUUGGCUGCUCCCUGAGCCGGCGGGGGGACAUCCAGGGGACAGCCCCGGGGUUGUGUCACCCGUGUCCCAAAGCUCGGGCACAGCUCCGCUCCUUCCGUUUUUGCUCAUUGCUCAUUUUCCUGCUCUGCAUCCCGGUGUGUGCCCAGCUCCUGGCAGGAUGGGCAGCAGGGCACCCCCGUGGGCUGCCCGUGCCAGCGCUGGGCAUCACCGGGAUGUGGGAUAACCUGGCAAAUGCUGGAUCCUGCCACCCUGGUAAAUCUCUACCAAUGCCACGUAGCCGAGGGAUGUUGGUGUCCCCUCCUCUUUGGUUGGCUCCUCUUGGAGGGCUAUGAUGGAGACCCAGAGCCUGGGAUACCCUUUGGAGGAGUGCAGGGGCUCCCCGAGUGCUGUGAUGAACCUUUGGGCCAAGGUUUUUAGGGUACAGAAGCUCACCUGGGAAGCUGGCCUGGCUCUGAGAGCAUCCCCGGUGCUGGAUGUGGAGGCUUGGAGUGGUCCUGGCGGUGGGAGAUGCCCCCAGCUCUGGGUAUCUCCCUGGGUUGCUUUAGGAAACAUCCCCUUUUGGCUUUUCUCCCCUUUUUUACGGCUUGUUUUGCACCUGGCAUCUCAUCCCCCGCCCCGAUCUGAACGCACCUUAUAACAGCAAAUCCCUCGGGAUGUGGAGAGGGGUCACCUGCCGGCACUGGCACGUCUUCCAGCGGUCCCUCCACGGCCCCCCGAGGGCGUGGGCACCCCUGGGAACACCCAGGGACACCCAGAGACCCCCCCGGGCACCCCCAGGAACACCCAGAGACUCCCCCCGGGCCCCCACCGCGCGCUCCGGCCCUUUUUAACCUUCUCAGUAGAGUCACCGACCGCGACACUCGGUGUAACACUCGGAUCUGCCUGGAAUAAAGGAAUUCAAACGGAGCUGGAGUGUGCUCUGCGUGGAGUUCUGAUGGGAAGGGUGAUGUGGAUGUGGGCAUUUAUGGGCUGGUUUUACAGGGGAGAAGCUGCCAGGGUUGGGGAUUUCCCCUGAAGCACGAGGGGAUGUGGGAAGGGGGUUUUCCCAACGGCAGGAAUUAUGGCAUUUGUUUGUGUGUGUGUUUAUAAUUAUACAUUAUACAUAUAUGAUCACAAAAUAUGUAUAAUGUUAAAACAUACAAUAUAUGGAUAAUUAAUUAUAUGUGUAAUAUAUUUCUAAUCCAGUACACAUAAUAAAAUAUGUAAGUAA